AGGAAGUCGGGAAAUCGAGUGGCCUUCAAAAUAUUGAUAUAGCGAACUGAAAACAGAUAUUUUCUCAAAACGCGACUGAUAAGAUCGGACCAGUGCCUUUGUAGGCUCGUUGCAUCGGAGAAUAAAUUGGGAAAUGGCUACUGAUUGCAACAUAGGCUUUACUUUUGCAAUUUAUUGAAGUGUGGCUGGGAAAAAAAGUUUUCGGUGCAAACGAUGAGCUGAGUUAUUCAGUGAUGAGAAGUUAGCUGGCUAUUCUGACGGACGGGAAUUUCCAGUUAAACGCAAAGUGUAAAAAUCAAUGGUGAUUAUAUUCUGGUAAACGUUUGUCGGAGGCGAAACUGGGUUGCAAGCUAACCAGCCAGCUCGCCAGCGUCGGUAGUCAUGAAUUUUGUUUGUGUUUUCCUGGCUGCAGCGCCACGUCAUUAAUCUCUGAAGGACACAGUGGGAAUUCUGGUGGAUUUAAACUCGUAGCUGACCAGCGAUCGAUGUGUGAGCGCCGAUAACCGAGGCAGCCCACCGAUCGCCCCUCGGAAGUAUUUGGAAAUACAAGACCGCGAAUUUAAACCGCAAAAAUGACGGCGUCGAACUGGGGGUUGAUCAUGAACGUGGUGAACAGCAUCGUGGGGGUCAGCGUGCUGACCAUGCCGUUUUGUUUUAAACAGUGUGGCAUCGUGCUCGGGACGCUGCUGCUGUUCUUCUGCUCGUGGAUGACGCACCAGUCGUGCAUGUUCCUGGUGCACUCCGCCAGCAGCAGCAAGCGCAGGACCUACGCCGGACUGGCCUUCCAUGCCUAUGGGAAAGCAGGCAAGACGCUUGUAGAGACGAGCAUGAUUGGGCUGAUGUUGGGCACCUGCAUCGCUUUCUAUGUGGUCAUCGCUGAUCUGGGCUCCAACUUCUUCGCCCAGCUGCUGGGUCUCCAGGUGACGGGCAGUUUCCGGGUGGUGCUGCUCAUUGCCGUGUCCCUGUUCAUUGUCCUGCCGCUCAGCCUGCAGAGGAACAUGAUGUCCUCCAUCCAGUCCUUCUCUGCCAUGGCGCUCAUGUUCUACACGCUCUUCAUGUUUGUGAUAGUGUUGUCCUCUCUGCGUUACGGCAUUGUGAGUGGCUCCUGGGUGGAGCGUGUGCACCUGUGGCGAGUCUCUGGGGUCAUUCAGUGCCUUCCGAUAAUCGCCACCACCUUCUGCUGCCACCCGCAGGUCUUGCCCACGUACGACAGCCUGGACGAGCCGUCGGUCAAGCGGAUGAGCACCAUCUUCACCUCGUCUCUGAAUGUGGUCACCACCUUCUACAUCACGGUCGGCUUUUUCGGCUACGUCAGCUUCACGGAGAACAUCGCGGGGAACGUACUGAUGAACUUCCCCUCGAACCUGGUGACGGAGAUGAUCCGUGUCGGCUUCAUGAUGUCGGUGGCCGUCGGCUUCCCCAUGAUGAUCCUGCCCUGUCGGCAGGCCAUCAACACCAUGCUGUUUGAGCAGCAGCAGAAGGAUGGCACGUUUGCUGCCGGGUACAUGCCCCCGCUGCGGUUUAAGAUGAUCACUCUGUGCAUCGUGUUUGGCACCAUGCUGGGAGGGAUCCUCAUUCCCAACGUGGAGACCAUCCUGGGACUCACUGGCGCCACCAUGGGGAGCCUGAUCUGCUUUAUCUGCCCCGCCCUGAUCUACAGGAAGAUCCAGAAGAACGGCUUCUCUGCACAGCUGGUUCUGUGGGUGGGUCUGGGCAUCCUCCUCAUCAGCACCUUCACCACUGUCUCCAUUUCGACCGGCAAGUCCCCCAAGAUCCAGCCCCCGCCCAUUCUGCCCGACAAGAGAGUGGACAACCCGGGACCCCCCAAGAUCCCGGCAGUGGAGAAGCCGGUGGUGGCAGACGUGGUGGACAGGCCCGAGCUGCCUGGAGAGGCGGGCCGAGCCAAAGAGCGGGAGCCGGCGGAGCGGGAGCCGGCGGAACCGCCCCAGAUCAAAGUGCCGGUGGAGAUUCCUGAGAGGAAGGAGGAGGAGGUGCAGCUGGACCGGCCCGAUGCAGGUGUGGCCGUCCCGGAUGGCGAGGCACAUCGCCAUGAGCCCCCCGUCCCGCACGACGAGGUGGUGGUGGAUGUGCGCAAGGACCGGGACGAGCUGAAGGAGGAUGAGAAGGCCCCGCCCCCGGAGGAGGAGUCUGAGCAGGGGGCGGGGCUGGAGCAGGAGGCAGAGAAAAAGAGCGGGCAGGCGGCGGAGGCUCUGCCCCGCCCGGCGGAGGUGAAACAGGAGGCUGCAGAGGUGGCCAAGCCCGCCGAGCGAGCCAACGAGGUGGUGGAGAAACCCGCUAAGGAGGAAAAGAAGGUGCCGGACCAGCCGGCUUACAAGGACCUGGAGAAACCGCCCCCUGAGAAAGAGGGGCAUGCUGGAAAGGCUGGUGAACACGCCGGGGUGAAGCCUGCGGAAGGGGACCCGCCCGCUGAAAUGGCACCUGGGAAACGCGAGCAGCAGGCCCCGGGGCCCGAGGCCGACCCGCACCAGUCCCUGGAGGGAGCGCCAGUCCCGGAGCACAAAGAGCAGAAGAGCCAGGAGGCCAAGGAGCCCGCGGCCGAGGACAAGAUGGAUGUGAUUAAAAAGCUGGUCGCAGAGGGGCAGUUGGACCACGCUGUGCUGUUGGCGGUCAUUAAGGAGCAGCAGGAGCAGCAGAAGAGGCUGCUGGAUCAGCAGGAGAAGCUGCUCGCUGUCAUCCAGGAGCAGCACAAGGAGAUCCACCAGAAGCAGGAGGGAGAGGAGGAGCAGCGGCCUGCAGGAGCAGAUGUGGUGGCGGAUGCAGCGGUGGAGAGGGUGGUGCAGCAGCCGGAGGGGGGCGUGGCAGGGGUCGGGGCAGGUGCGGGGGCGGGUCCGGGGCAAGGAUUGGACCACCCUGCCGCUGAACCCGCCAACAAGCCAGUGAAGGAGAACCCGGGCCAGCACGGGGGGAGGGGUCAGGAGGAGCGGCUUCCACAGGAGGACCGGCCUCACGCAGUUCCCCCGAAGAUCCAGCAGGGGGCCAAACCCGAGCCGGGCAAGGACCGCCCGGAGGCGCGGCACCUGGCCAAGCCGGACCCCAACGCUGGGGCGGCUGCAGUGAGGGAGAUGGGCGCAAGGGGCGUGCCGCUGGGGCAGAGAGAGCCCGCGGCGGGCGAGGGGGGCAAGGAGGGGCCGGCUCAACCCAAACCGAGGCAGGAGCAGCCCGAUGGGGCGGGACAGGGCGGGGCCGAGAGACAAAACGACAAGCUGGAGGCUGGGAACAAGCUGAAGGCAGAUCAGAGCAUCGAGCAGGAGAAGGAGAGGGUGGAGAGAGAGAGGGUGGAGAGAGAGAGGGUGGAGAGAGAGAGGGUGGAGAAGGAGAGGGUGGGGAGAGAGAGGGUGGAGAAGGAGAAGAUGGAGAGAGAGAGGGUGGAGAAGGAGAAGAUGGAGAGAGAGAGGGUGGAGAAGGAGAAGAUGGAGAGAGAGAGGGUGGAAAAGGAGAAGAUGGAGAUGGAGAAGGAAAGGAUAGAGAGAGAAAGGCUGGCCAGAGAGGAAAGGAUAGAAAGAGAAAGGAUGGAGAGAGAGGAGAGGAUGGAGAGAGAAAGGAUAGAGAGAGAGAGUGAGCAGGAGAAGGUGGUGAAGAGGGCGGAGAAAGAGCAGGUGGAGCAGGAGCAGCGUCCUGUGGAGGCCCAGAGGGCAGCGGGCGGGGCUGAGGGCGGGGUCGAGGGUGUGGGCGUGGUCGAGGGCGGGGCGGGAGCGGGGCAGGAGCAGGAGCAGCCGCCCUUGAAGAAGGGAGGGAGGGACCUGAAGGAGAAUGCGCAGGAGCAGGAAGAGGCGGGGCCGGCUGCGGGCGCGCCGAAACACCAGGAGCCGCAGGACAACGGCCGAGCGCCGGGGGGCAUGGACCUGAAGAGGCGGCGCCGGGACGUGGGGCAGGCUGGGGGCGGGGUCCCGGGCCUGGAGCCCCUGCUGGAGCUGGGCGGGGCAGGGCUCCAUGCCGCUCUGGAAGGCCAGCUGCUGGCUGGGGUGCGGGUCCAAACCCGGCAGAUCAAAGAGGCUCUGCAGGCUGAGAGAGAGAGAUGACACUCCCCUCACACUCCUCCUCCACCUUCCUCCUCUCCCUCCCUCU